ACAGCACGGGACAAUGAGUGCUACCACUGCUGCUUCCCCAUCCCCUCAAGCAGAUGCGGUCCCGGCAUCAGCUUCCGGAGAAGGGGAGAAAGGAUCUGGCGGGGGCGCUGAUUCGAAAGUAAUUAAAUCAGCCACUAGUGCUUUCUUGUUCUACCAACGCGAGAACAUGGGACGAAUUCGGCAGGAACUGGAGGCAAAGGGGGAGCCCUCGGGCCUGGGGGAUGUGCAGAAAGUUGUGGCCAGCGAAUGGAGAAGCUUGGCGGAUGACGUCCGUGCGGUGUAUAACAACAAAGCCGCCGAGGAUAGGGCACGUUAUGAUGCAGAGUGCGCGGAGCGCGACCGAUUGCUGGACGAAGAAUCGGCACGGCGGCGGAGGGAGAGGGAGGAUGUCAUCUGCGAGAGCCGGAUGCGGGUACGGGAGGAGAGGGAGGAAAAAGUCGUGCAGGUCCGUCAAAAGAGAGAAUUGAGCGCGGCAGAGAUAGAAGAGCGCGAGACCAUCAAGGCCGAAAGGGCGGCACGACAAGCGGUGGUGGACGCGGAACACCACAAGCUGGCAGAGGAGCGGGCCAAGCAAGCGGAGGCAAGGCUGCAAUUCCUCUUGCGACAAUCCGAUAUUUUCACCCAUUUUGGUCUCACGGGAGGAAAAACAACGAAGGCUGGGGUCAAAAAAGAACAGGGAGAAGGCAGUGGAACUUCGGCAGUUGGUGCCAAGCACCGCCGUGCCGCAGCGGCGGACGAGGACGAGGACAUGGAGGGGGGCCCGGAGGCGCACUUCCUCUUGGCACAGCCUCCCUCGAUCAAGCACGGCCAGCUCCGGCCGUACCAGUUGGAGGGUUUAAAUUGGAUGAUACGUCUGCAAGACAAUGGAAUCAACGGUAUAUUGGCCGACGAGAUGGGACUGGGCAAGACCCUCCAAUCCAUCUCUGUGCUGGCAUACAAUGCGGAAUUCUUGAAUACCACGGGGCCGCACUUGAUUCUUGUUCCCAAGUCCACGCUCUCGAACUGGUGCAAUGAGUUUCGAAAGUGGUGCCCCUCCCUCCGGGUUUUGCGCUUUCAUGGCAGCAAGGACGAACGCGCGGAUUUGAUUGCGGAGCGUCUGAGCCCCGGUACUGAGCGCGAUUGGGACGUGCUGUUGACCACGUACGAGAUUUGCAACCUGGAGAAGGGGGCGUUGAGCAAAUUUGCGUGGCAGUACUUGAUCAUCGACGAGGCCCAUCGGCUCAAGAACGAAGCCUCCCAGUUCUCCCAAACCGUGCGCAUGCUCAAGACGGCGCAUCGCCUACUCAUCACCGGGACUCCCCUGCAAUCAACCCGCUCACCAACGCUCCUCCCUCCCUUCUUCUCUCCCUCCCCUCCCCAGAACAACCUGCACGAGCUCUGGGCCCUUCUCAAUUUUUUGCUCCCCGACGUCUUCUCCUCCUCGGACCAGUUUGACGACUGGUUCAAUCUGGAGAUCGACGACGCAGAGCAGAAACAACGACUCAUCACACAGCUGCACAAGAUCCUACGACCCUUCAUGUUGCGGCGGCUCAAAGCGGAUGUGGAAAAAAGCCUCCCUAAGAAGACGGAAACUCUGGUGUUCUGCGAAAUGAUGCCCACGCAGCGCGACACGUACAAGAAAAUCCUGGAGCGUGACCUCUCAGUUAUCGCGGGCUCCGAGACCGCGGGGCGGACAGCCGUGCUCAACCUGGUCAUGCAGCUCCGCAAAGCCUGCAACCACCCCUAUCUUUUUACAGGGGUGGAGGACCGUACCUUGGACCCCCUUGGCGACCACGUGAUCAAAAAUUGCGGGAAAAUGUACCUGUUGGACAAGCUGUUGAAGAAGCUGAAGGAGAAAGGGCACCGGGUAUUGGUCUUCUGUCAAAUGACGCGUAUGCUGGACAUCUUGGAGGAUUUCAUGUACAUGCGUGGACAUAGCUACUGCCGUAUCGAUGGAAACACGUCGUACGAGGAGCGUGAAAACCUGAUCGACACCUACAACGCCCCCAAUUCUUCCAAAUUCGCUUUUCUUCUCUCCACGCGCGCGGGUGGUCUGGGUAUCAAUUUACAAACCGCGGAUACCGUCAUCCUGUACGACUCGGAUUGGAACCCGCAGGCGGACUUGCAAGCCCAAGAUCGUGCCCACCGCAUUGGUCAGAAGCGCCCCGUCAAUAUUUAUCGCCUGGUCACUCAAGGAACCAUCGAGGAAAAGAUCGUGGAACGGGCUCAGAAAAAGCUCAAACUGGACGCCAUGGUGGUGCAGCAAGGCCGUCUGCAAGACAAAGACAAGAUGUCCAAGGACGAGCUCUUGGAAGCCCUCCGUUUCGGCGCCGACGUCAUUUUCCGCUCCAAGGACAACAACAUCACCGAUGAGGACAUCGACCUGAUCCUUGAGCGCGGGCGAAAACGCACGCUCGAAAUCGAAGAGAAGCUCAAAGCGGCGGACAAGGGCGACCUGUUGGACUUUCGGAUGGACGGCGGCAUGUCCGUGCAGGUCUUUGAAGGCCAGGACUACUCCAAGAAACCCGGCAAGGAAACAUUCACUGGCCUCCCGCAGCUACAGAUGUUCGACAUUGGAAAACGCGAACGCCGGCCGACCCAGAGCAACCUGAACGAGGGGGCUCUUUUGAAGCGUAUGGCGGUGGAUGGGAAGAUUGGCAACAGGGGAAAACACAUGAAGCUCCCCAAACAGCUGCGGCUUCCUAGGAUCGAUGACGUCUGGACUUUCUACGAUCGGGAGCGGUUACGGGAGCUGCAGAAGAUGGAAGAAGAUCGGUAUAGGGAGCUCAAGAACAACGACGCCCUCCCGAGUGACCCCGCCGAGUGGGAGCUCUUGACCCCGGUUUUGGCGGAGGAAAAGGCGCGACUGUUGAGCGAAGGCUUUGGGGACUGGAGCCGUAAUCAUUUCAACCUGUUUUGUCGGGCGAGCGCGAAGUAUGGCCGGACCUCGUACGAGAAGAUUGCGGGGGAGAUUGGCAAGACGGAAGAGGAAGUGCAGCGAUACGCCGAGGUGUUCUGGCGCAAAGGGGAGGAGGUUCUGAGUGAUGGGGAAUGGAAGAAGGUGGUGACUGCCAUUGAGAAAGGGGAAAAAAAACUGGAGGAGAUUGCUCGCUUGACCAAAGCAACACAGGAGCUUCUCUCCCGUUUCAAAAACCCCUGGGAGGAGCUUUCAUUCCAUUACAUCGGGCAGCAAGGGAAGGAGCGCAUUUACUCCACAGAGGAAGAUAGGUACCUCCUCUGUUUUACAAACCACUACGGGUACGGCAAUUGGGAGGAUGUCCGCAUGGCCAUCCGUCGCUGCGACCGGUUUCGAUUUGAUUACUUCCUGCGCUCCUGCACGGCGGACAACCUUGGCAAGCGCUGUGAACAGCUGAUGCGUGCCGCUGAGAAGGAAAAUAUCGAAUAUGAAAAGAAACGACUGGCGGUGGAGGAUGGCCGCCGGAGGGAGAAAGAAGAUCGGUCGGUGGAGGAUGCUAGACGCAUCAAGGACGAUGAGGAACGCAAGGCUCGGAUCACGGAGUUGGAUGCCAAGCUGGGCGAGGAGGAAGGCCGUCUGCAGAGCAGCAGCAGUCGUCGUCGACACGAUGAUAUGCCCAUCUACCCCCCCUCUUAA